GGACACACGCUAAUCCAAAGUGCUCCGCAGUGUUGACAGACAUUUAGUAAAGUUUGUUUUUAAGUGCAGACCCGACCCUGUAAGCUACACCUAAAUCCUUAAAAGAUUUAAAACCUUUUUUUAAAUAUAAAUGCAGGAUAAAAAGACUUAAGGAUAGGAGCAGAGAGGUUACAGGCAACAUCCGCGGAGACGCCCGUCGCCUCAUAACGGAGCCAGAUUUAUAGCGGGGAAUUUAUGGGCAGUUAAAAGUUUGCGUCGAGUCAAGGUUAAACACCAACAGUAACGGUACCGUUAAAGGACAUAUCUGCAAACAUGAGGAGUCCCGGACAUGAGAACAGUAUUUUGGGGGGAGAAAAUAAGACAGUGUUAACAUAAGGUGUCAGGGAGAAAAUACAAAUCUGAGGAGAUGGUGAAGAAUAAAAAUAUUGGAGGUCAUCCCAACCGCUCUUCCAAGUGCAAGACAAAAAAGUCUGGAUCCCAGAUUGCAUGCAGCAAGGACCUGGCACCUCAAGAUAAACAAGCCCAAGGUGACAUCCCAGCUGUUUCUCCAGAGCUCCAGACCAACAGCCAAGGUCAGCUGGGCUUUUCAGACAGCGUCUACCUGCUUGCAUCUGUGGUCUUUCAAAAUAACCACCUGGAGAAGCCUGCAGCCCACCGGUUGGUUAAUUAUGGCAAAGAAAGAGGACUUUCAUUACCUGAAGUCAAGGAUGAAGAGAUGCAACGUUUAGCUUAUGAGCUGGCCUUCAAUACACUUAAAUAUCAAGAGCUGCUGGAGGACAUCAUGAUUGACAGCUGCUUUUACCUCAGUCAGCUAAUGCCGGAUGAUCAGAUGAGCCUCGUUGCCGUCAUGCUCUAUGACUUCCAGGACAGAAAGUUCCUCCCACGGGAACGACAGGGCGUGGAUGAGAUUGUACAGGAAGUUAGAGAUGUGGAGAACUACCUCCUCAGGUAUAAAACCAAGCUGGCGGCCUCUCUGGCCCGCUGCAGGAUCAAACAUGAUCUCUUGUCCAUUGAGUGUAUCCUGCCGGAGAGUGUGAAGAAGAAGCAGGAGAGAUCAAGCAGCCUUCCACUUCACGCAUGGGUCAACACACAGAGGAGCAGCCUUGAUGAAGUCCAGAGUGUGCUGAAGAGUGUGGGCUUCUCACAAGUGAAAUCGAUUGGGCAGCUGGAGGGCCAGACCUUCUGCCAGGAUCCCCACUGUGGGGAUGUACUGGUAUUCCCUGCUCAGCUGAAAGCUCAGCUAUACACCACCAAGCUGCUUAGCAACCACAAACUCAUCAUCCAGGAUAAAUCUUGCAGCUUGGGCCCAAAUGCAGUGUGCUCCCUGUUACCAGAGGAAGGAGAUGUUCUUAUGGCGGGCUGCAUCUCUGGCCUCACCGUCUGCCACACUGCCUCCCUAAUCGCAGAGAAACAUAAAGCCAACAACAGCAACCACCAGCCCACAGUCUAUGCUUGUGUCAGUGAUCGCACAAAUGUUCAGAGGGAGGAGCUGCAGCAGGCCGUCGCUGCCAUGGGCUGCAAGAAUGUGAAGCUGAUACCAGAGGUCUUCAAGUCUUUGGACGGCGGUGACAAGCGACUUCAGAGGGUGCGCGUUAUCCUGCUGAUGCCCAAGUGUUCUGUGUCUGCAGUCAGCAACCUGGUUGAAUUCAUACUGCAAGAGAAUGGAGACACAGAACUGCUGCAGGACUUAUCCCAGGGCUCCAUAGCCCAGAGCAAACUGGAAGCUCUGGUAACCCAGCAGAGGAAGGAUAUUGAUCAUGCCUUGAAGUUCCCCAAGGUUUUGGCAGUGGUGUACUCUACCUGUUCCUCAUACCAAGAAGAGAAUGAGGAGGUGGUGAGCAGAGCCCUGGAGCGAGCCAAGACCCGCUCAGAACAGGAGGGGGAACCAAAACAGGCAAACUUCAGGCUUAGUCCAUCCCCGUUCAGCACUCCUGACCAUGCUGAGGAUCCAGAGAAAACAGACCCCUUCUUUAUGCUGGAGCCCUCAGAACAGGGCAAUGGCUGCUUUCUGGCUGUUCUCAGCAGAGAGUCAACAACACAUACAGAGGUCAAAGAGUUGCCACAUGAAGUGCUUGAGAGGGCAAAUGCCAAAGGCAUACUGGACAGGAUCGGCUCCAACCAGCCAACCAGAAAAAAGCAGCAUGGACACGCCAACAGGAUAACAAAAACGACCCAUGCUCGCACCUCUCAACACCACCCUUCUGUCAGCGCUCAGGCCAAAACCCAAGAGACCAAGGGCAGCAACAGUACUACUUUGUGUGGACAUCAGGAAUUCACUAACAGGCGACAGCUGUCACAAGGAAAAGCCAAAGCUCUGUGCCUGCAGGCUUCACACAACACUGUGUCCAGCUCCCUCUCUUCCUCCAAGCCAGAACACAGCACAACCAAGAAAACCCUCACCCCUGUGUCCAACACUACAACUCCUACCACCUCUCUGCCUCCCGCCCCUCCACCUCCUACCCCGCUGGCCCCGGUUGUCCGUCCCCGCAGAGCUCAGGUGGUGCUGAAGCCUGUCAUGUUCGUCCUGCCUCCUGUUCACUUCCCCAACCCUUUCUCACAUCAGCAUAACCGAACAAGUUUCAGCCGCAGCUUCAACUGCAAGUGGAGAACCCCGGUUCAGACGAUGUCCAGCUCCAGUGGCAGUCUCUCCGGGGAUGCUAUGGUCAGAUCUCGCCCUCUGUUUUGAGCUCACAAACACCAACACAGCUAUAAAACAUGUGUUAACUUUUGUGCCAAAUGCUUACAUAAAUAAAGUCAGUAGAGUCUAAAUCUAACACCAGAUUAUGUACAGUGUUGUUGAUCAUGUGGGGGAAAAAAGUCAUCCUCAGUGCUUCUAGAGCUGUUAUUACCUGUCAUUAUUACAGUGUCUCUGUGUGCCGUCAAGAACAACCUUGCCACAGUAAGAGUCUAAUCAAACUGCAUAUAUUUAUAGGGCUGAGCCAAUGUCAUUUCAAUGUGACUGCAUGCUGAAAAACUAUUACAUAGGCUUCCACUGACCUGAAAAAUCAAAGGACGUAUUCAAGAAGCUACUCCCUUCUUCUUUUGGUAAUGCAUUUAUUGUCACAACAGAUUACAUUUACAUGGUGUGGAGAUGAGUGAAGAACAGAAUCGAAAUGAUUUUUUAAGCAUCUCUUGUUUGUCUUGUGUGUGUGUGUCUUUUUCACUUUGAUCGGACUGCAUUCACAGAGUUCAUGUGGAGUGCAGGUGGUGGCCACGAGCCAUAGGAGCAGUGUCAAGGUUUUGAUACCAGUGACAGCAGACUUUUUCUUUUCACUGCUGUAUGUGCAUAUAUGUGUAUGUUUGUGUGUGUGUGUUUUGUUUGUGAGUGGGAAUAGACUGACUGGAUUUACUGAGGAAGAGAACCGAACGGCACAGAUUUGAUCUUUUCCGUGCUGUCCGCGCAGGACAAACGCCACCGUGUGCCACUGUUCAUAUAGACUCGAGCGCUUCACAUCUGCCAAAGUCAAAGCCUGGAUCUGGAUUUCGUUGCUACCACAUAAAUCUGGGGUGUCUGCAUAAAGAUUCCUGAGGAAAUUGUAAAGUUUAAACAGAAGCAAUGUAACAUUCUUGAGCUUUUAAACUCUAGUUUCUCUAUAAUGUAUGCAAAAAGAAUUUACAAUCGUAACUAAUUAAAAGCUUUAAAAUACAUUAAAAAGUGUUACCGUUCUUUUGCUGAUCGACUCAUCCAUCAAGGAAUGGAAGGUAAAAAUUGCUGACCGACAAUCUUUAAUUGUGAUUCAGUAAAUGGGGAAGAGAGUAACCUUUUAUGGGUCAGAUUUUGUUUGUGCCAGUGUUAAUCCAGUCAUGGUCAAGCGGAGAUGACUUGUGCUGAGAGCAUCUAUUACUUGUGUGUUCACCACUCUUCUCACCGAGACCCUUUUUUUAACUCGUCAAUGUAAAACAUAUCCCAUCAAGAAAACAUGCAAAAUCAAAA